CGGCGGGUCCGCGGCGCUGAUUGCGGCGGCGGGUCUGUGAGCCGAGCCGGGCCUGGGCAGUGGCGGCGCCUUAGGACCUCGCGCGCGGUCCGCGGGCUCCGGGGCGGGGGCUCCAGAGGCGAAGCCCCCUCCCCGGGGAGGCGGGGCCUGGGCGAGCUCCCGAGGCGCGAGCGGCGGUGGCCGGGAACCAUGCAUCAGAAGCUGCUGAAGAGCGCACAUUACAUCGAGCUGGGCAGCUACCAGUACUGGCCGGUCCUGGUGCCCCGCGGUAUUCGCCUCUACACCUUCGAGCAGAUCCCGGUGUCGCUCAAGGAUAACCCGUAUAUCACCGACGGCUACCGGGCCUACCUGCCCUCCAGGCUGUGUAUCAAAAGUUUGUUUAUUUUAUCUAAUGAGACGGUAAACAUCUGGAGUCAUUUGCUGGGUUUCUUUCUCUUCUUCACCCUGGGAAUAUAUGAUAUGACGUCUGUGUUACCUUCGGCAAGUGCAUCCAGAGAAGAUUUUGUAAUUUGUUCUAUUUGUCUUUUCUGCUUCCAGGUCUGUAUGCUUUGCUCUGUGGGAUAUCAUCUUUUUUCUUGUCAUCGGUCAGAAAAAACCUGUCGAAGAUGGAUGGCAUUAGAUUAUGCAGGAAUUUCUAUUGGAAUACUGGGCUGCUAUGUCUCAGGAGUAUUUUAUGCAUUUUAUUGUAAUAAUUACUGGCGUCAAGUAUACUUGAUCACAGUGCUUGCCAUGAUCCUGGCAGUGUUCUUUGCUCAGAUUCAUCCCAAUUACCUCACACAGCAAUGGCAGAGGCUCCGUUCUAUCAUCUUUUGUUCUGUUUCGGGAUAUGGAGUAAUCCCUACUCUUCACUGGGUUUGGCUCAAUGGAGGAAUUGGAGCUCCUAUUGUACAGGAUUUUGCACCUCGCGUAAUUGUGAUGUAUGUGAUUGCUCUUCUUGCUUUCCUAUUCUACAUCUCCAAAGUUCCAGAGCGGUACUUUCCAGGACAACUAAACUACCUCGGAUCUAGCCACCAAAUAUGGCAUAUCCUUGCAGUAGUGAUGUUAUAUUGGUGGCAUCAGUCAACAGUAUAUGUCAUGCAGUACAGACAUAGCAAGCCUUGUCCUGACUAUGUUUCACAUUUGUGAAGAAUUCAGGUAUGGCCACCUGGUGAAUUCAGUUGUUAAGCAAUAUAAAAUGGGGACUUGUAUACCCCACUAUUUCUAAGGUUCCCUUUCAUCUUUUUCUUCUUGUUUAAGGUAUCAUGGGUAAUGCUUUAUAAAAAUGGAAAAAUAUACCUAGGGAUCUGUAGUAAUAACUGCUUUGUAGACCCUUAAAACUACUAAUUUGCUGCUUAUAUAGAAAAUGAGAAUUAGUUGGCGAUCAUAACAAAUAAUCUGAAUGGUAACAAUGAAUGUGAAACUAUUGUAGAAAUAGGAUUCAGUUUACUUGACACCAGCUUAAUUUCCUUAGGAAGGGCUCAUCUCCAUUUGAAAUGGAGUCAUCCUGUGUGAUUACUUUAAUAGAAGAUAUUUUCGUUAAAUCAUCAAAUUUAAGUGCCUAAUCAAGGUGAGGUUUGUUACAGCCUAUGUUUAAUACAAGCUAAGAUAGUGAUUUUGAGUAAUCAUAGCCUUUAAAUACAUGGUUUGUGAAAAUCUGGCACUUAAAAUAUUAUUUCCUUUAGCCACAGGUUCUCUCCUUAGAAACAUUAGGAAUUUUCAGUUCAUCAGAACAAGAAUUCUUCUUUAGGGGAGGUAUUAAGAAGAGGAAAUGAACAUGCAAUGUUACUUUUUAUCAGAGAAGAAUCACAUUAGAAACUAAGGACAUGAUUAAGCAACAAAUGCCAUGAUCUAAUAAUCAAAUCAUUACUCAAGCCUUUUAAUUCCAGAGUUUAUUUAAUUCCAUAUCAUAAUUGAAUUCUUGCGAGUGGAUUAUAGAAGAUUUUGAUCCCAAAAUUCUAAAAGAAAUUUGAUGAUGAGGACUUCCAGCUAUAUGGGUGCUACUUUCAAGGCCAUAAGAUUUACAUGGCCCUGAUUUGACCCUGAACUGAACCUUAAGCCUUAGAAUAAAGUCAUGCUGAUGCCCCACUUGAUGAGGACUGUGCGUUAGUCUUCAGCUUAUGUGUAAGUUAACAUUGCAUUGAUAAAAUGUUUAUAUUCACCAUCUAAAAUUUGGACUAGAAGCUGGAUGCAGCAGUGCAUGUCUGUAAUCCCAACAACUCGAGAGAGAGGCUGACACAGGUGGAUCACAAGUUUGAGACCAACCU